GUGCAACCUGCGCCUCAUAUAGUGAAUCAGUAAUGCUCGAAAAUGGAAAGGAUCUGCAUUUGUGCUACCUUAGCAGUUUCAACGCUUGGUUGCCACUCAUUGUACGCGCCGUUGAGGCUGAAUGCUUUUACAGACGCAUAUAUCAUUUUGAUACGGGGUACUUCAGGAACGGACGGAAGAGCAUCAAAAAAUAUCAGAGUGGCCCCUUUUUUCAUAAUUGACAGCAAAAACAAUAUUGCUACGAAUCUCAAGUGACCGUUCCAGUAUCACGGAGGUCAUUCUUGGAUUAAAUAUCGAAGUAAGCUUG